CUCUACUUAGGUUAUAUAUACGAUCGGGCAGCAACCUCCUUUGUUCUAGAGCAGGCGAGAGAUGGCCAAAGCUUUGGUGGCGGCUCGGUUGGGGUUUCGACGGCUCUUCUCCAUCUCAGCCUUCACUCCCCCUCCUGCUGCUGCCCCUCCCCCGAAGGCUGACCCUUCGACGAACCUCUUCGUGUCAGGUCUGAGCAAACGAACUUCUACAGAGGGCCUUAGGGAGGCCUUUUCAAAGUUUGGGGAAGUUGUCCACGCUAAAGUAGUAACCGAUCGGGUUUCGGGAUAUUCCAAGGGUUUUGGUUUUGUGAGAUAUGCUUCAAUUGAAGAGGCAGAGGAAGGCAUAAAGGGAAUGGAUGGAAAGUUUCUUGAUGGAUGGGUUAUUUUUGCUGAGUAUGCUAGACCAAGACAACCACCUAAUCAAGAUCAGUCUUCACAGCCCCAAUUUAACAACUAUGGAUCGGCACCGCAAUCCAACUACUCAUCCCCAUUGUCUCAAUCUACCUCAUAUUACACAUCAGCUGCAACAUCCAACUAUUCAUCUCAAGCACCAUCACAGCCACCACUGAGCUCUUCUAGCUAUUCCCCUCAGGCAACACAACCUCCAUUAAGCAAUUCCUACUAUGCACCACAGACUUCACAACCUCAACAGAGCUAUGGUGGUUCAGUGCCUCCAUCAAACUAUGAAUCAGUGCAGUCUCAAUCAGGCUAUGCCUCGAGCUAUUUCAACCAUACACCUCAGACAUCGCAGCCCCCGCCGAGCAACGGGUCGGUCCCUGCAACCAACUAUGAAUCAGUGCAGUCUCAAUCAGGCUACGCCUCGAGCUAUUUCAACCAUACACCUCAGACAUCGCAGCCCCCGCCGAGCAACGGGUCGGUCGCUGCAUCCAACUAUGAAUCAGUGCAGUCUCAAUCGGGCUACGCAUCAAGCUAUUUCAACCAUUCCAAUGCUUCGUCGCCUCCAUUCAACUAUUCAUCAGAGAUAUCUCAGCCGACUUCGAAUCCGUCGACGGCGCCAUCAUGGUAUUCUUCUCCAACAUCACAGCCCGGGAGCUACAUGUCAGAGCCUCCUAACUAUGCACAAUCACACUAUGGAUCAUCACCAGUAUCCAACCAUUCUUCCCAGACUCAAAACAAUUCUCUGAAAUCCGAGAAUCCACUGAACAACUCUUCACCAAGAAAUUCAGAGACAUUUGAGCCUUCCUCAAGCUAUUCCUCUGAGCUGAAGUCCGACUUUGAGCCUGGGAGGGCAGCCAACUACUAGCAUUGAUGCUCUCUCUUGCAAGAGUGCCAUUUUACUUCAUCUCGCCUUCUAUUGAAGAUGAUUGAUUAUCUCUAAAAAAAUAUCUAAGAUAAUUUAAACUUUUAGAACUAUUGAGUCUGCUGGUAUAUGAAGCUUGUUAAUGCUGUUGUUCUUAGCAUAUUACGGUGAAAUUGUGAACUACAGAGACUUAAAAGUUUGCUACUUGUGCUGUUUUCAGGAAAUUUUGAUGGUUGCUAUGAUUGCUAGUAUGAUUCA